ACAGGAGACAGUACUGCACUGAUUUGCUUUCUCAUAGAUUUGAUUUUAAGGAUAUCGAUCCUGUCUGGCUUGGGAAACCAGAGUAAAUCAAAUGUGAUUUAGUUUGGUUUUAACAUCUGUUUGGAAACUCGCACAUCAUACGUACAAUGGUAGUGGGCAAAAAAGUGACAAAAGAAAGUAUUCUUCCAUCAGUGUGUGAAGAUGAUGGAGAUGAAGGUGGAAAAGAAGAUGAUUUGGGAGGAAUCGCAAGCAGGCCGGUCAGCAGACCCAGGAGUCUCUACAGCAGAGGAAGUGUGGAUGGCCAAAGAGUUUCUAGACCGCCCAGCCAGCAUCAAAGCACAAGAAUGGGCAUUCAGGAUGAAGAUCGUAUGAAUGAAGAAGAUGAGGUGGAUGAAGGUGGAGGUAUCCAUCCAGGUGAUGGACAGCAGCAGGAGGAAGAGUGUGUCAUCAGUGACGAAGAUUUUGACACAGACCUGGAGCUUGACAGAUUUCACAAUGAAAGACGAGCAUAUGACCCUACAGGACAGUCCAGCUACAAAGAGGCUUGUAAGCUGCUAAAUGUAAUUCCAGUUUCCUACUUCCUCCGAAAUAUGAACCAGAGUGAAGUCAACAUGAUGCAUUAUGGGCUGGGCUCACAGGGUACCAAAGCUCUGGCGAUUUCCUUGGUAACCAAUACCUCCAUCCUGAAGCUGAAUCUGCGAGAUAACUGGAUGGAGGGAGUGGGCGGGGCUGCCAUUGCUGACAUGCUCAAAGAGAAUUGCUACAUCACAGAAAUUGAUUUGUCUGAAAACCGGAUGGGUGAAUACGGAGCCAGGGCUCUGUCCAGCAUGCUGUUGGAAAACUCUACCCUAUUCUCUCUCAACCUCUCUGGGAACCAUCUGGACGAGCGAGCGGCCAGACAUCUGUCCCCAGCUCUGAUAGGCAACCAGAAACUUCAGCACCUCGACCUGAGUCACAACAGAUUUGGAGAUAUAGCAGGGGAAAUCCUUGGUGCUGCCAUUACUGAGAACACGGCGAUGAAGUCACUCAAUCUGGCUUGGAACUGCAUUCGAGGGAAAGGAGCCAUUGAAUUUGCUAAAGGCCUGGAGGGAAAUAUCUUCUUGCGGAUCCUGGAUUUGUCAUACAAUGGCCUGGGCAAAGAAGGAGCUGUGGCUCUAGAGGAAGCACUCAAACACAACAAUACACUGGAGGAUCUGAACAUCUGCUAUAAUCGCAUACCGCUGGAAGGAGCCAUCCAUUUAGCGCUGGGCCUCAAAGUGAACACGACUCUACGAAUUCUCAAAAUGUCUAGGAACCCAAUGCAGUCAGCGGGAUGCUUCGCCAUUUUAAAAUCAGUUCAAGCAAACCCAGAAACUGCAGCUGAGUUUUUAGAAUUCUCUGAUAUCUGUGUGGACCAGGAAUUUGAAGACUUAUUUGAAAGCACCAAAGAAACACUCCCAACCCUCCAGGUGAAACAUGGUGGAAAAAUUAACGCUGCACUUAAAAAGAGUUGAAGUUUAUUCAAAAACACAUUCUGGACAAUCCAAUUGUAAUUGUGUAGGCUUAUAGAACUGCAAAUGUAUAUCUAAACUUGCAUAAAAACUGAGACUCUAAACUGAUUUGAAUCUCGCUCCGCACUCCUCCACAUGGUAAAUUGGAUCAAGUCACAGUUGAUUGAUCAUGGUUUAUGGCAUUAAGGGAACAACGGUUCUGUAGAAUAAUACUAAGAAGAAGAAUUGAUGACAUUAGUGACCAUAGACUUUAGAAUAUUAUUUACAAAAUAGAUAGUUGAGAUGAUGUGUGAAGAAAGCUAGAAUAAGUGUAAAAGUUUGGGUCGGUAAGAUUUUUAAAAAUGUUUUUAAAAGAACGU